GCGGCUCAAACUGUUAUCCGACCUCGUAGCGGUUGGACGUGCGCCGAGUCUCCCGUAGUCGUAUGAACUAAAUCUUACCCCGGUUUGUGGUGUGCCUUGUCGCGUGCGCGCGCGCGCCUGUUCUUCUGGGAAGGUGUACGUCGUCGGUCGGGGUGUUUAAUUAAGUGACCAUCCAGGGGGUUUGAUCGCGCACGCAUGUGACAUGUGCGUUGUGCGUGCCCCAGAGUGUUGAAGCUGUGUUGUUGCAUAGUGAAAAAAGCGAUCGAGAGAUGUAUGCGUGAACAAAUAUCACAGACACAAACACAGAUUGAUGGUGUGUAUAAUAGACGUCAUAUCAACAGUGCGAGUUGUGUGAACCCGCAAAACCGUCCAUCAAACAAGAGGUCCGUUCAAUGCAUCCCCCAUGCAAUUAGCAUCAAUCAAUAGGUGUUGUGUGUACUGUUGUGCCUGCACAGCUGUGUGUCAAAUUUAUGAAGAGGAGCAGCGCCCACGGGUGGUAGUCAAGUCGAUCGCCGGUCGCGUACGGAUACUGCCCAUCACCACCAUCAGCCUUCGGCAUAUUGCAGCACCCCCAGAACGGCAAAGGCGUGGGAAAAUGGUACCCCGACUGCUAGCAGCAGCCAGCUUGUCGCCACGAAUGUUCCCCGAAGUCCGUGCUGGCAGCGGUGUUGAGGAGGGGUGAACCAGCGAGCGAGAGGCGGGCGACGUUGACUGACCUGGUGGGAGGGGAGGAGGGUUAGUGGAAUGUGUGCCAAAUAGUGUAGUGUUUGAAAGUGAGAGUGACGAACAGCUCUUUUUUUUGUGGAAGAAAAACCUCCGCUACGAGAGCUGUAACGUUUUUUUUUAUGGAACACUUAAGGACGAAAAAUUGACUAGUGAAAUUUCACGGGUCGCGUGAAAACUACGGAACAAAAUCCGGCUACUAUCAAAAAUCUAGAAUCUGGAUUUUAAAUUUCAAGAACAUUUCCCUCACAAUCAGCAGAAAAAAGAAGCAUCAAACAACAAACCGCGAGCAGUGUGUGCUGGGUUCCCUGCUGCGGUGGGGGAGCCGCCGAAAUGUUAUCGGCGGUGGAAAAUUUAGGUUCGGCGGGCGCGGGUCCUGGCCGGGUACAGUCGUACUCACGGCACCAUGCCCACCAACCGCCGGCUCCGCAUCAGCAGCAUCAUCAUCCGGCGCCGCAUCACCAUCCGUAUCAUCCGCUCCACACGAUACUGUCACCGUCGGCAAUCGGGGGCCAGCUGCAAUUGCCACCCUUGCUCGGGGCGCAAACCUCCCUAGCCCACGCGAUACCGUCGGCGGUCGGCAACGAGUUUGUCCGGCCCUACCCGAAGCAACGGUAUGAAGAAAACCGUUGCUUCGGUAUACCGUCCGCGCUAACAACGGAGCAACGACUCAAGUAUGGUGAUCCGCCACCGGCGUCCGCACCCGGCACGAACGUACUCAUACACCCCCAAACAGGCCCAGUCAAUUUGGCGGUUAGCAGUAGUGGCGGCGAUGGUGGUGGCAGCAGCGGAGGGGACGAAUUUCCCAACUCUCUCAUCUACACGCAGUCCGCCAAUCCAAUUCAAUCGGAUGCAUUGAAGUACACGUCUGGGGCUGCCGCUGCCGCCGCCGCCCUUCAAUCGGCCACCUAUCAGCAAAAGCUGCAACAGGAACAGCAACACCAGCAAAUGCUCGAGUUUCUGGGUGCACAACAGCAGCAGCAGCAGCAGCAGCAACAGCAGCAGCAACAGCAACAGCAACAGCAGCAGCAACAGCAACAACAACAACAACAAACGGCCGGCAACCGGAUGGUUUGCUUUCCGGCGAUGGGAUCGCUAGACGUAUUCGGAGGCUAUUCGCCACUGAAUUACGAUAUGUAUCCUUACAGGUACGGUAGAGACUCUAGAGUAGUUGCACUCAAACGUGUUCAUGGACGCCCAACGUAUAUACCACCGCCAAACCAUCGACCACUGGAACAGCGUUACGCCGGAGGGCCGGUCGCGUUUCUACCACCGCGAGGACCACCGUCAGCAGCAGACACGUCCAUCACUGCUGUACGGCUGCCGAAGGCGGCCGCCGCCCCAGUUGCCAUCAAGUCGAAGCUGUGGCAUAUGCCACUGUCGCCACCGGCACCACCAACACCACCGUCGCACCAUACGCCAAGAGACAUUUCGCUGCCAGUAGCAUCAACAGCAUCCUCAUCCAUCGUACCGAUCACUGCCGAUGUGGAUACGCUCGUUGCCUCGUACAGAGCGCUUAAAUCGGCUCAACUGCAACAUGCAGCCUACCCCAGAAUGUGGGUGCCACCGGAUGUAUUGCAGCAGUCGGCGGCGGCGGCGGCGGCGGCGGCUAAUGCAGCCUAUCUUAACGAGCUGCCCAACCUCGUGGGACCGGAGGAGGAUAAAAAUGGUAUUCAGCCGUAUCCGUUGCUUGGCCACGGUGGUACAUCCAUCGGUCAUAUGCCGACCCUGCAGGAUACGUACAUGGCCGCUUCCGUGCAGCAACGGCAUCGUCCAAAGUUCGGUCCCAUCUCGGCCACCACUACUAGCAGCACUGCUUCAUCCGCCGCUGCCAGUCUAAUGCAGCAGGAGUUUAAGGUUCCUCUAGGUAUGGAAGGCUCACAGAAACAGCAACGUAACGGUGGUGGAAGUGUACGUAUCGAACCGCCCCAAACAAUCGGGACGGCGUACACCACCACCACCACACACGGAGCGUCCGACGGUGCAGGUGGCAGCUGUGAUCGCCGAAGCAGCUAUGAAGUAGUAGAGCCACACGAACUGGCGGAGGAUAGUAGUAGCGCUCAUCAACGCAUACUGCAUACGACGGUGUUGAAGCCGAAAAUGUUUCUCCGUGGUUCGAUGAUUGCUUUCCGGAACGGAGUAAAGAAACCGGUCGAGCAGGUUCGGCUGGAAGAUUUCUUGCGCACGGCAGCGAUCGCGGCGGACGUGCGCCUGACCGAGGCACUGACGCGUCGCAUCACACCCCGCUUCAGUACCAGCAGCACCACGGGUGAAGUAAGCAAGAAGAUUCUUGUGCGCUUCAGCUAUGACCAGCAGCAGCGUCAUGGUGCACUCGAGACGACCAUGGACUACCCGUUCUUCGUCACAACCAAGGGCUGGACGUCGCACAAUCCGGAAACCACCUUCAGCAACUACGGGCUGGACUGUGCACCGCUCGAGGUGGGCGACGUGUUUAUCGUGCUGGUGCCGCGUUUUCCGCCACGCGACAGCAUUCCCUUACCAACAACGCAGAAUACAGCCAACACCAUCACCGAGCAGCGAUCGAUCGAACACUUCGCACCACAUCAGCAAAAUGUGAAGCAGAGCGAAAGGAAGCUGCAAAUCGCGAACGUCUUUUCCUUGAAUCCCAGCGCUGCCCAAUGUUCGCCCACCGACGAGAACAUGUCCCUCCAACAGCCCCUACACCGACAGCAACAACAACCACAUGGUGCAGACGUCGAGAAACAACCGUCGGAAGAGCCACGACGGCACGAGGAAAACGGUGGUGGCAGUACUGCUUCGGCCAGUCCUACGAUUAUGGUUGAUGAUAGUAACUCUACGUCGCCGCCACACCACGGCUGGAUGGCGGUAAAGUCAUCCACCGGUGGCAAUGGUGCGUCGGGAAAGCGACGUCAGGAUGGACAGCGGCGUGCUACUGCCAAACGUAAGCUUACGGAAACGCAAGCCAAGGAUGUGUUCCGUCCGGACGAUGGUGCGGAUUGUAGUAGUAGUGCCAGAAUCGAAAAUAGACGCCGUACCAACAAGGGCAGCAGCAGCACUACUACCACUACUACUACUACCGAUCCUGUGGAGUAAAACACACACCACACCACACCCCAUUGGGUGGUGAGCAUUCUUCUUUUUUUUUCUCAUGGUAUUCAAUCUAAUUGGUAAGGCCUUAUCCGGGAGUUUCGCAAGGUGAAACUGUAAAAAAAAAUCAUAGUGAAAUGGAGAGAGAGACAUAUAGAGAUUCAAAUGCGCGCAGCAGCAAGCACACACACACAGUUGAAAACAGAAUGAACUUAUGAAUGAACAUUGAAAUUGAAAAACUUUAUAAAAGUUUAGGCGAAAGGUGUGGUGUUGGGAGAUAUAUUACAGAUCAAAGCUAUAGUUGUUGUUGCGCCGCCGCAGGUUGAAAAACGAGAUAUAGAUACAAACAAAAAAAAAAACGAUGGAGAAAAAUAAUGUGGAAAAGAUAUGUUUUCCACUGUAUAUUUCAUGAGCUUUUCUUCGUUGCGUUAAGUAGCCAACUCGAAUGGUAUCGACGCGACGACUACUAACUGCCACUUUUGCUUUGAAUAGUGUACUCAGCAACGCCCCUCCCAAUAGUUCACAGCCAGCAGCACUGCGUUAUAAGAAAUUUUUCAUGAAAAAAAGGAAAUUACGAAAAUUCAUUACUUUAACUCUACACAACUACAACUACUACUACUCACUCACUUACUUACCCAUCUAUAUGUAUCAUGCGACGAAAGUCCAAAGAGAGGAGAGGAAGGAGGAUCCCAUUGCACCUGGGGUACCUCCGAAAAGACUGAUAAAAAGACGAAUAUAGGUUUAUACUGCGUGAAAAGGUUUCAAAAGAAAGGUACACGUGUAGGUAGAGGGAACGCCUAAAAGAGCAUUGCUAUAGAGGGGGGCAGCACAGCACCCAAGACACAUCCAUCCAUCGUCUCGAUCAGAAACGGUUUGUGUGCUUUAGUAGACACGGGAAGCGGAUUUAACGAACUAAUAGUAUCGUGUUGUGAGCUACUCGCACAUACAUGAAGAAGAAAUCAGGGUGGGGGGGUUAUAUAUGCAUGUUUCACACGUACCUGUGAUACAUUAAUGGUAGUCGGCCACCACCACCACCACCACCCCAUCAUCGCCAUUUACGAUUGUGACACUUGUUGAAACUUUUUUUUUUUGUCGGUAUAAAUUUUCCCGUCCAAGUAGGAAAUAGGGUUUUGCUUGCUAAUUAUCAAUUAGGAAAAUUUUCUGUCAUUUUGUUUUCUCUCGCGCUCUCCGUUGAACGUGUGCGCGCCGAAUCUAAUUGGGCGUGUUCACCGUUGGAAAUUUAUAGUUUUCAUCUUUUAUAGUUUUUCUUUUUUUUUCUCUAAAAUAUGUUUUGACAAUUAAUUCUUAGAAGAGAUGAAAUUUAAAAUUUUGAUGGGUGGCUAGGAGAUGAAUUCUAGAGGUUUUUUAUAUAUCUUUUUUUUUCUCUUUUCUUAACACAAAACUAUUAAACUUGAAAGCGAACUGUCGAGAUGUGACACGCGGGGCAAAUGGUUGCCAUAAAAUAAAAAUAUGCCCCCGCUUCCCAGUUGUACUCUAGAAUCCAGGACUAUUUUCUGUCUAUUCAAAAUUAUAGGAGUAUUAGCAAUAGGGGAGAUCUCGGUAAUUGAACUCUUAUCCAAACUCUUCCCUCCGUAUAUGAACCACAAGGAAGGCGCAUCACACACACAGAAAAAGGUUAGAUGAUUGUACUGUAUUUGUGUGUUGGAGAAUGUUUAAUUCCGCCAGGUUGCGCGUUACUCCAUAAAUUCUAGGGGGAGUGUUGGCAGUGAAAAUAAGGAUGAAAUCGAAGAAAAAUUAGAGCAUGAACUAUUUUGUGUUUUGCUUGGAGCAAAACAAAUGGCGAGCAGAAUUUCUACAUAAUGAAGCUUUUCUUUUCGUCUUGCGUUUAUACACAAUGAAAAGCUGACGCCGAACAACAACACAAAAAAAAAACAAACAAAAAAAGAAACAAAAUGAAUUAUAUGUGAAUUUCGUGUACGAAGAGUUAGGUGAAGAAAAUAAAAAAAAAAAAACGGGCCGGGUGGGGUGCGGCACAUACACACAGACAAAACA